CGAAGAGGAUGGAGAAGGAGGGGGCGAGGGGGCAUUACAGGGCGUACGAGGGGUUGAAGGCGAACAACAACGGGAACACGUCGUCGUUGAAGAGGUGCGAGCGCGGGAGGACGACGACGACGCAUCCGUCGAGGCAGGUGAGGUGCCUGUGCUUCGGCGGGGUGCCCGACAAGGCGAGCCACCACUCGUUUCUCAAGGGCUGCGUGAUAAACCUCGGCAUAUGCGCCCUCCUCGUCGCCUACACCCUGCUCGGCAGCUUCAUCUUCCUGGCCAUCGAGGGAGGCGGGGCCGAGCAGCAGAGGAGCACCACGUCGCUCGUCGCCACGAUGCCCGCCACGGCGAGCGGCAGGCGGAACGCCACGGCUUGGUUGAAGCAGGUUGGCCACGAGGCACGGGCGAAGACGGUGGAGAAUAUAUGGAUAAUCACGGAGAGUUUGAAUAUCCUUUACCGGGAGAAUUGGACGAGGUUGGCCGCCCAGGAGAUCGCGCGUUUCCAGGAUCAGUUGGUGAAAAGGAUCACCGAGGACAUGAUCGCGACCCAAAACGGGGGGACGUACGUGGCCAGCUCGGAUCCCGUCACGGAACGACGGCUCCCGGAAUACGAGUGGAACUUCGCCAAAGCGUUCUUGUACUCUCUCACCGUGUUGACCACGAUCGGUUGCGGCAGCAUCGCGCCAAAAUCCACAUGGGGCAAAAUCGCGACUACGGGCUACGCCAGUCUCGGCAUCCCCUUAACCUUGGUCUACUUGUCGAGCGCCGGAGGCCUUUUGUCCAGGUGCGCGAGGGGUGUGUUCACGCGCGCUCUUUGCUGCUGCCUUUGUUCCAAUUGCGGCUAUUGUUGCUACGAUGAAAGACGGAUGGAGGAAAAAGAGAGGCGCAUGAGAAAGAAAAGGCAGCAGGAGGAGCUGGCGCAGCAGCAACUCCAGUUGCAGGAGCCGUUCUACGUGCGCGCGAACGCGUCGAGUUUCACGAGCACGGUGGAGAUGAAGAGCAGCCCGAAGGACGAGGUGUCGAGCCUCGGCUCCGGCGACAGGCCCAACGUCACUAUACUCGCGCCGAUCAGCAUUUGCCUGGGCGCCAUGCUCUGCUACAUCGUCGCGGGCGCAUUCACUCUGCACAAGUUGGACGGCUGGUCCUUUGUGGAUGCGAGCUACUUCUGCUUCAUGAGCCUGAGCACGAUCGGGUUCGGUGAUAUGGUGCCCGGUUCCUAUCCACGCCACACCCUCUACGAGUCGAGGAACGCGACCGUUUGGUUCUGCUCGUUCUACAUAAUGUCCGGGAUGGCGCUCACGGCGAUGUGCUUCAACAUACUCCACGACGAGAUCGUGCACAGGCUAAGCCAUCAGACGGAGAAGCAGGAGCCGGUUAAGGCCAGCCCGAGCGUGGACGAGCUCUCCACCGAUCCCCUCACCCUGACCUCGUGACAAUUUCCGUCUGGCAACUUGUGCCACGGCACCGACGACAACGAUAUCCGGGGAACGGAACCGCCGACCAGCCUCUUCGCCCACGAGAACGAGAUCAAUAUACUGAAGGACACUUUCAAUCAGGUGGACGUCACCAGAGACUGCAAACCGAUUUUGAAACUCGAGGAUCACGUUCCGCCGAUUCCUGGUGUCUACAUGUUGCCAAAGGUCGACGAGGAGGCCGAGGAGAACACCGAAAUGUGAAACACGCUUCUCCCUCGUCUCCUCCAGACGAGUGGAUCGUCCUUUCUCGAU